UUUUAGAGAAAGAUAGGAAUCCAGAUAAAGACCAGAGAAAAGAAAAGAUGUUGAGAUAUUAGACCCCUAAAAUUAGGUAGUUGAAGAGGUUAAAAUUAGUUAAACAACCAUUUUCACUGCGCCGCAUGCACAUUUAGCAGGUCUGCUUGUCGACCUUUCUCGUGUUCAUUGUCCGAAUAUAUGAAAUAAAAGACCCGGGAGGCGGGAAAUUAGGGUUUCUCAUUCGUCCCAAACUUCGAAUUUUCACGGACAGUUUUUGUGUAGAUCAUUUUGUCUCUAAUUUUCGAUUUUCUGGUGUAUGCAUGGAUGACAUGGAGGAUGAUGCCAGGUACCCACCUAAACCCUACUCGUUCAAUCGCCAAAAGCUUCCCUCGUAUCCCCAUCGAGCCUCCAGUCGUUACGAGGACAAUCGAUUCGGCAUGUACAAUGAACAGAACGACCCGGAUGAAUACGACAUCGAUUAUGAAGAUGACGAUGACGAGGGAGACGAGGACAUCGACGCCUCCUCAAAUGUCUAUCGCCACAAUUUCGAAGGGAGUCACGAUUUCAGGCGAUACCCAAAGCGGCAAAAACUGAAAAACUCUGUGGAUAACUUCCAAUUCGUGGCGAGAAGCACGAAAUCAUCCUUCGGGGACCGUAAUUCGGGAUCCAAUUGGAGCGAGGAUGAGGAGUUCGUGCUUUUAGAGGCGUGGGGUGACAAAUUUCUGCAAUUUGGGAGGAGCCUGAGGUCGGAGGACUGGGUCGAGGUGGCGGAAAAAGUAACGGAAGAGACUGGUUCUCGGAGAACAGAAGCUCAAUGUAGGAGCAUAUUGGAUUCAUUAAAGAGAAAGUAUAGAAAGGAGAAAUCGAAAAUGGAGCAAAUGGGGAUCAAUGGUAGCAAAUGGCGUUUCUUCAAGAAGUUGGACAUGUUGUUGGGGUUUUCAGGGAUAAAAGAGUGGAAUGGUGGUUUAGCUUGUGGGGUUGAUUCAGGUGAGUUUGUGUUUAUGGAUACACGUGUGUAUUUGGAGCGUGCAAAUGGGUUUGAUGAAAUGAGGGACAGUCCCGUAGAUUCAGAAGGGGAGAUGGAGAAUGAGGACGGGGAUGUGCUUUCAAGUAAAAGGUGUGAGGAUUCAUCUUUGAGGGUGUUGGCAGAUUCAGUGGAGAAGUUUGGGGAGAUAUAUGAGAAGAUAGAGAGUAGUAAGAGGGAGCAUAUGCUGGAGUUGGAGAAGAUGAGGGAGGAUUUCCGUAGGGAGUUGGAGUUGCAAAAGAAGCAGAUUUUGGAGAAGGCUCAGACCGAGAUUGCAAAAAAUAGGGAUGCCAAUGAUAAUGAUGAGGAUACAGAUGAUGAUUCUGCAGAGAAUCUCAGUGAUUAAUAUUUUCUUCUUGCAGGAUGGCUGAGCUAACAAGAUGAGUCAGUUCUAUAGAUAAGU